CGCGUGUCGGCGCAGCACGCGGUGGCCGGGGCGGCGGGGAGCGGGCCGCGCCAUGGCGGCGGGCGGCGGGGGGGGACGGGAGCUGCUGGCGCUCAUCCACCAGCACCUGCUGCGCGGCGGCUACGCCCGGGCGGCCCGGGAGCUCCAGGCGCAGAGCGGGCAGAAAUUGCUCCCUUCCUUCACCACCUCUCUUGAGGACAUCUUUACGCACUGGGAAAAAACUCCCUCGAAUUCCAGGAGAAGAAAGCUGAGUGAUGAGGGGCCAGCCGUCCCAGAAAAGAUCAGAGUUCCUGAUCCUGUGAGCAGCUCUGAGAGCUCAGACAAAGAAGAGGAUGAGAAAGAGAAGGCAAAAGCUGCAAAAGCAGCCAGCCUUUCCCUGGCCACCAACUCAGCAGUGGAUGCAGAGAGCAGUGAAGAUGAUGACUCCUCAUCAGAAGGGGAGACACCAGCUGGAAAAGCUGCUGUUACGGUAACACCAGCUGUGGUGAGUGGUAAAGCUGCUAAUUCCCGUCAUUCUCCUAAAAAACCCACUGCCCCAGCAGGCAAAGCAGCAGCGUUCACUGCUGUGAAUAGAACUGUGGUCGCAAACAAGCAGCAGCCCAAUGCACUGGCUGCAUCUGCAGCUCUGGCCAAGGCUGAGCAGAAACUGCCUGGUCCUGGGAAGCCGGGACUUGCCGCAACAGCCGUGGCCAAAGUAGGUCAAAGCAAAGCACCAGUAACGACCAAAGCACCAGAAAGCUCCAGCAGCAGCAGCGACAGCUCCUCAUCAGAGAGUGAGGAGAAAAACGAGACACCGACUGCCAAGACUCCAGCACCAAAAGUGGAGCUGAAGCAGGUGACUGGGGCUGCUGAGAGCAGCAGUGAAGAGUCAAGUGAUGAAACGUCCGAGGAGGAGGAACUUGCAACUCCAGCCGUCCAGGCAAAACCAGCUGUGAAAACAGCGCAGGUUAAUGCAACACCUGUGAAAAGUGCACCUGCUGCUCCAGUGUCCCUCAAAAAGAACACAGUGAAGCAAACGACACUGACACCAAGCCAGGCCAAACCCUCACCCACAACGGUUCCAAAGCCCAAUGACACGUCAGAGAGCAGCGAGUCAUCUGACAGUGAAGAUGAGGAACCUCCAUCAGUAACCCAGGCAGAGCCACCCCCAAAAUCCUCCCAGGCCGUCCCAUCCCCGGCAAAACCUGCACCAACAGCAUCACGCUCCAGCAAAGCAGCUCCACCAAAAACACUUAAUCUGGUCCAAGGGAAGCCAACGCCCAAACCAGCAGUGCCAAAGCAGACCAAAACUGCAGCAGGAAAGACUGCUGCUCCCACCAAGCCUGCUGAAAGUACGAAGCCAGCGGAGAUCUCUGACUCCUCAGGCAGUGAAGAGGAGGAUCCCCCUGUGCCCAUCAGCCAGAAGAGGUUAACAGAACAGGCUGGGCCUGUUUCCAACCUGAGCCAGGCUGCUAAAGCUGAGACACCUGAAAAAGCAGUGGGAAGUACCUUGAAAAGCCAGGUCCCAGAAAGUGAGAGCAGUGACUCGUCUGACAGUGAAGAGGAGUCCCCUGUGGCACAGACACAGCCUCCACAGCCUGUGAAGACCAAUGCUGUGCCCCAGCCAACAAACACAAAGAAGGCACCAGCUCCAGCAGCAGCACCAGCCCCUCCACCUGUGGACAGCAGCGGGGAUUCCAGCGAGGAGACGGAUUCAGAAGAGGAAAUAGUUCCCCCUUCUCAAGCGCCCACUUCUGGCCUAAAGCCAACAGUUCCUGCAGGAAAAGCUCCUCCAGCCACCACUGCCACCCCACAGGCUGCUCCACUGUUGGGCAGUCCCAGAACUCCAGCCAAGAAGCAUGAGCUGCAGCCAGCACAGAACACGCAGCAGAGCCAGGCCCAGACGAGCCAGAUUGUGACCCCCGCCCAGGCAGAGGAGAGCUCGGACAGCAGCAGUUCGUCGGACAGUGAGGAGGAGGAGACGCCCCAGCAGACCCCCAAACCCGCAGGAUCGCUGCAGAAACCAGGAGGGACCCAGCUGGGCCAGAGCUCCUCCUCAGAGUCCAGUGAGGAGGAGGAGGAGGCAUCAUCACAGUCCCUCCUCACAGGUUUUUCAGGACUCUCCAGGACCCCAGCUGCACCCCAGGCACCAAAGACAGUUCCCUCUCAGCCUGUAGGCAAAGCGGGUCAAGCGAAAGUGGCCGUGACUGCUCCCAGCUCCCCUGCCAAGGCCGCCACGAAGGCAGCCGCAGCCAACAACUCCAGCAGUGACAGCAGUGACUCUGACACAGAUAUCAGCCAGGUGGCUGAAAACCACAAAGCAGAAAACAACCCCCCUCCAGGGCAGGAAGCCACAGGAGCCUCCAACAAAGAGAAGGUGGCAGGAAAAACAGAGCCAGGUCAUGGCAGCCUCAAACCUUCCCCACUCAAGAAAUCCCUGGCCAUGAAAGAGAAUGACAUUGGAGCGAAACUGGCGCAAGUGACCCCAGUGGCCACAAUCUCCAUCCCACAAUCAGAGGAGUUGAGUUCUGGGAGCGAAACUGAGGUCACUACUGCUGCUGAAGUUCCUGCAGUGCAAACACUGGAAGGGUUGGCAGUGAAGAAGAAGAAAAAGGAGAAAAAAGAAAAGAAGGAAAAGAAGAAACAUUCCACCACAGCAGACAAGGCUGUGAAAACAUCUAAGAGCAAAGACAAAGAGAACAAGAAGCAGAAAACGUCUCGGAAGCGGAAACUGUCAGGAGAGUCUGGGGCUGUUGGGCAGCCCAAGGAGAAGAAGUGGAAAGGGCAAGCUAGCGACGAAGUACCCAAAAAGAAAAAGAAGAAAGCAGCUGGUGACCUGGAAAAGCUGCCAGACAGCAAGGAAAAGAAAAAAUCAGCUAAAAAAAAAAAGACUGGAAAAGAAAAGAAGAGCAAAAAGGUGUCUUCAGAAGGGCAGCCUGUAGCAGACGGCUCUGCCGAGGUUCAGAAGAAGAAGAAGAAGAAGAAAACAUCUGAACCUGAAGGAAUGUAAGAAGGUACAUGGUCUGUAGGGACUCUCGGUACCUCUGAAUGGCGGUAACCUUGGCCAAAUUCAGUACUUCUGGGCCAGUCUCGGGAAGACGGUGUCCCCGCUAAAUGUUCACUGCACCAGCCUGGCCUAAGAUUAGAGGGCCAAGGAGCAGAGCGGUCUAAGGAAGGUCACGCAGCAGUGUGCUGGCUUCUCUGGAUGUGUUUGAUCUCAACUCUUUAGCUGCUGAGAACUGGACGUCCAGCCUGGAUGUUGCUGUCCUCUGUCAUCGGCAGAGACAAGUGGCCUCUGGCAGUGUCCCUGCUGACCACAGGCAGCUUGGAAAAAUAAUAUGGAUUAGAUGGUGAUGGUGUAGCCACCUGGAAGUGGACCAGAUAUCCCUGCUCUGCUCAGCUGUGCGGUUGUUCUCCUCCUCUCCAUCCCUAACUCUUUUAACUCCUCUCCCCAAAGGUACCACCUCCCUGUGAUUAAGGAUUUAUGAGUGAAGAUGAAACAGAGGAAAAGGAAGCUCAUCGGGAGAAUUCCAGUCUUUUUUUUUUUUUUUUUAUAAUAAUUUAUAACUUCUUUUAACUGUGACUUUUAGAGCAGAGCAGUGUAACUUUAUGCCUCCUCCUGCCCUGCUGUGGCCCAGAAAUGAGUCAGAAACGAGUUUAUUCCCCCUCCUCGCGGCUCACCUGUUGCACAAGAACUCAACUGAAGGAGGCAGGUUGACCAGACAAGAGCCAGCGUGUAUAAACUGCUUUCCUCCUAGUUGACAUUCAGCCAUCUUUCUCAUCACAGAGUUAUAUUUUUAAGAGAAACUUCUACCUUUUUCUUUUUUUCCUUCCCCCUUCUGUCACUUGUGUUGUCAGUCCUUUUGCUACUAUGGAAGAGACCUCAUGGGUUGACUUUUUAUUCUGACACUGACGGCAGCGAUUAUCGUGUCCCUGAAGUUGCACUGAACAGCUGUGCCCAGCAGCUGUUCUCAGCCAAGGCGGCAGAAUUUUUUGUGGAUUUUUUUAAUGAAAUACAAAAUAAAAAAAGAAAAAA